AUGGACUUUGAUGGAUUAGAAAAUUUAUCAUUUUCAGAUAAUUAUGAUUGUUUCUAAACUAAUUCAACAUUUAAAGUAGAAGAAGGUAUAGUAUAUCUUUUAGAUAUUUGGGUAAUUAAAAAUAUAAUAAUAUAUAUGAGGCUACUUGGUGUGGACCUUGUCAAAUUCCAAUGAAUCACAAUUAAUAAAUGCUUUAGCAAAAUGAACAUUGGAAAAACAAAGUUAAAAUAAUUGCUAUUUCACUUGAUGAAGAUUCACAAAAUGUUAUUGAAAGAGUGAAAUAAAAAUAAUGGGGAUUGAUUGAACAUUAUAGAGUAAUAAAUGGACAUGAAUCUUAAUUAACUAAAUUGUUAUAACUUUAAUAUAUUCCAUUUGUUGUUUUAAUAAAUAAAUGGGGUAAGAUAGUUUAUAAAGGGGGAUUAUAAAAUGUCGAUAUUGAAACUAAAAUAAAUUAAUUAAUUUAAGCUGAACAAGAUAUUGAUCUUGAAUAAGAUAAUACUAAUUGUUAAGAAAUAACAUAAUCAUUAAAGAAAGAGGAUUUUAAAUUAUUAAAAAAUAAAAUAAAAUCCAUCUAGGAACAACUAGAAAUAUUAUAAUUUUAAAAUUAUGUUGAAUUUUAAUUAAAAAAAGUAAAUUAUUGGAACUAGGAUGGUAUUAAGAAGACACAUAUAAGAUCUAAACUUAGUUUAGUUUAUGAUAUAUUAAAAUAAGAUGAAGAAUCUCUAUAAUAAUUUCUAGAUACUUAUUGGAAUAAUAUACCUGAGAAUUUAAAAGAAGUAACCUUCUCAAGAAUUAGGGAUCCUUAAACAAUUAGUAAAGAAAUGAAAAAAUUAUUCCAGGAUAUUUUUUAAGGUUUUGGGGUUAAACUAGAAUAUAAUAACUCAAAAGAGAUAAGUUUUAAUUAUUCUUUGUAACUUGAUCCACCAUUUGCUGUUAAAAGAAGUAAUGAUUUUUGGAUUCAGUAGUAGAAUUUGAAUGAAGAUAUAUUAUAAAAAGCUAAGAAAUAAUUGUUAAAAUAUGAGGCUUUAUAUAUGAAUUAUCCUGAAGCUCAUUAAUGCUUUAAAUAAAUUAUUAAUGAGUUGAUUAAUUGUCUAAAGAAAUAAGAAAUAUUCGUUUACAAAUAAUUAGAAAUUGCAGACAUUGAAUAAUCAAAUGAAAUUGAAUAAAUUAUAAAUAUUCUUUAAAAAGAACAUAUAUUAUAAUUAUUGUCCAAAAUUGAUAAAUAAAAGGUGAUAGAAAUCAAUAUAGAUUAAACAAAACAAUAAUAUUAAAAUAAUAUACUUGUACAUAAUCCAAAACUUAAUUAUUUUAUUAGAGACUCAUAAUAAGAAGUAUUUUAAUUGAUUUUGAAUGAAAUAUUUGAAAUCAUACCUUAAGAUAAAUGGAUAAUAACAAAAACAGUUUCAAAAACAAUAUCUGUUUAAUAUCCUGGGAAAUACUGUAUUGUUUGUAAUAAAGAUAUUUCAAAUGAAUAUUAACAAUAUUAUUGUCCUUUUAAGAAUGAACAUGUAUGUAUGAUCUGUGCUGAGUUUGAUGAUUAAAGUAAAGUUGGAAUGGAAAGAUUCAAAUAUCAUGAUACUCUGAUGUUUAUCAAUGGGCCUUUAAAUGACUUAUCAGUAUUAUCAGAUAUAGAUGAACAUAAGAUAGGUCGUAAUGUUUAACUUAAAGAAGGAGAAAAAGGAAACUAAAAUUACUCAUAAAUUAUGACAUGUAGUGGUUGUUAUGAGGGUUCAAUUGGAUUUAGAUACAUAGCAGCUAAUGUAAAACCUGGUAAAUAUUAAAUGGAUGUACAAAUUAAAUUAUAAAAUGAUAGGGUUAUGUAGAAUAUUGUUCUAAAUGUUUUGAGAUCUUGAAAAUGAAAGGAUCAAAAAAAGCAUAAGAAUUAAUUGAUUCUGAUGUUUAAUUUGGUAUGAAUAGUGAUACACUAUUUACAAGAAUUCUUUUUAAUUAUGGAUCUUAUUAAGAAUUUUGA